AUCCAUCUGUGCGGGGCAAGGACCCCGGAGCCGGGCUGCGCCACAGCGCUAGGCCCAGCCCGGCGUCACGGUCCCGGAGCCCGGCCUCACCGCUAGGCCCGGCCCGGCCUCGCCUAACACUGCGGAGCGGGGCCGGGCCGCGCUCCCGGCCUAGGCCGCAGGGGGCGGUCCGGGCUCGGCGCUUCUCCUCCGGGCGCAGGCGCCACCGUGAGCCCGCGGCGGAGGGCUGCCCGCCCCGGGGACGGCGGCUCCAUGAGCUGCCAGGUGUCGGUGCUGUAUUUCGCCCGCAGCGCGGAGCUGGCCGGGCUGCGCUGCGAGACCCUCCGGGUGCCACGGCAGGUCACCUCGCUGCAGCUCUGGGAGGAGAUCGUCAGGGUUCACCCCAGGAGUACGUGCUUCUUGGAGAUCAGCUCCUGGUCCUGCAGCCUGGAGACGAGGUUGCCAUUAUCCCACCAAUUAGUGGAGGCUGAAUCUGCCCGGGUUCUGUUAGGUCCAGACAUGGGAUUGCAGUUCUCUUCCUCCACCCUGACAGUCUUUUCUAUGGAUGAAAGCGAAGAUGUGCCAAAAGAUUUUAUCAAGCUCAAGUCUGAAAAGCUCUCUGUAGAUGAAGUGUCAGAGCUGGUCGUUUCACCAUACUGUGGGGCAGUGUCUGUGUUCAUUGGUACUACAAGAAAUAAUUUUGAAGGGAAAAAAGUGAUUCACUUAGAAUAUGAAGCAUAUACUUCAAUGGCAGAGUCUGAAAUAAAGAAAAUCUGCAGAGAUGUUAGACAGAAGUGGCCAACAAUCAAACACAUUGCAGUGCACCAUAGGCUUGGUGUGGUUCCAAUAACUGAAGCAAGUGUAAUUAUUGCAGUGUCCUCUCCUCACAGAGCAGAAUCCCUUGAAGCUGUAACGUACUGCAUCAAUACCUUGAAAGCAUCUGUCCCAAUAUGGAAAAAGGAGAUUUAUGAGGACGAAUAUUCUUGGAAAGAAAACAAGGAAUGCUUUUGGGCAAAUUCAGAAAAAUAACUGUACUCUUUUAAAAAUAAAGUGUUACUGUUCCUAAUGA